AAAGUCGACGACACACCGAUGGGAGCCGAAGCAGUUAACCUGUAAUUCCCUACUAAGCAUUUAACUCUUACAAAUAUCAUCACUUCCAAAAGGCAAAUUAUGAGUGAAAAAAACGAGAAAAAUGUACCGGAUAAGCACCAGCCCGGCGAUGGCAUCCGAUCCAUGAAAACGUCAAGAGUUUUUCGCGUCGUUAACUUCGAAUUGUAUGCAAAACCUAACAUGGUAGUGAUGGCGAUCGGCUUAACCGCAUUCAUUGGCUGUUCCGCCUACAUUGCCUACAUGCGAAGCGAGUGGGCCGACAGGGGUUAUUACUCCACCUACACGGCCGACGGGGAGGAAACAUUCAAGAAAAGAAAGUCGAGAUGGGAUUAACAACACAACAAGAAUUCAAUUAGAUCCUUAAUGUACAUAUUUAGAGAAAUAUUAAUAAUAAAUAAAUUAUGACGUCAUAAUCCAUAAAAUGCGUUGUGCGCUACUGCCGCAAGGUGGUGUAACUUGUAAUCUAAAAUAAUUAAUUUUUAAAUAAACAUUUUCUAGCA